UCCUUGUUAACAACCGACCCAGCACCAACUGUACAGCCCUCUCCAAUCGUAACUCCCGCCAGAAUCGUAGCAUUUGCACCAAUCCAACAGUCAUUGCCAAUGAUGACUUCCCCAGUAAACUCCUUUCCCCGGUUUGCUCUCCGCGCAUUAAUUUCCGUGAAGUGCUCACCCGUGAUGAUAUUGACAUUCGGGCCUAUUUCAACAUGGUCUCCGAUCGUGACG